CCAAGUUCUAAAUUGACAGUUCACUAAUCAAACGAUCCGUUAGUAGUAAAGCCUCUUCUUGUGAGAAGUGAACGUCUAACAAUUCGUAUCCGUUAUAUGUCGCCACUGUUGGUAAAUCAAUUUUGUCAUGGCGCUACUGUUUUUACUUGAUACGUCCCGUUAAACGUGGUCUACUAAACGAGGCGUUUUUAAGAUCAGAUUAAGUGUCAUGUUACAAAGUAAAAUGGACGGAAUGAAUGAACCAGAUGACGUUUUUGUGUUUUUUACUAACCAUUCUUGAUUUUUUCAAAACUUGUAAAUCCUUUUACAAUAUGAUUAUAUUAUUAUAUUGCAAAAGAACCAUUUUUAGGUUUAUAGUCUUUAGUAGCAUUAGUUAUAUUUUAUAAUAACUCAUAUACUUAUUCAACGCAUAUUUCAUUAAAAAGUGAUGACCCUAAUCUAUAGUUGAUAUUAAAUUUACUAAGUAACUGCAAACUUCAAAUUGAAGGAAUCAAGAUACAAAUAUGGAAUUUGAAUUGAAACACAAGAAAGCAAUGUCAAAAGAAGAAGUCAACAUGUUAUUGGAUCUAAUUGAAAGUAAACCAAUUAUAACAAUAAAACAAACUGAUGCAACAACAAAUAAAAGUAAGGAGGAAGCCUGGUCAAUGUUAACAGCUUUUUUUAACUCGAGAAAUGGUGGAAUGCCUAGAAGUAAAGAGCAAUUAAAAGCAAAAUGGGAUAAUUUAAAGAAAGCUGCUCGGAAAAGAGACCAAGAUAUUAAGAUGAAUAAUGAAAAGACUGAUGGCAGUAGACCAAUCUUUAUUCCACCGGAUGAAGUUUUAGAUAAGGUGAUGCAUCUCCUUAAAGCAGGCCGGAAUGCCGGUGACGGUAGCAUGAAUGUAGCUGAAGACUCGGAAGGUGCUCCAGAAAAUAGUAUGGACAAUAGUACAAGCAGUAUAAUACCAAAUAUAAUAUGGGGACCAAAAAAAGCUAAGAAAAAGAAACACAACAGUUCUGUGGAUUACGUCAGACAGGCGCGAGAUUUAGCAAUAAAAAAAUACUAUGAGAAGAAAGUAGAAAAAGUUAAUUUAGAAAUAAAAAUACUGAUGUUGGAAUAUGAGAAAAAAAAGAAUGAAAUAAAACCAGAGACAACGAAUGAGUGAAGAUCGAAUAAAUGUACGAAUGAAUGUAACCUCUUAUUCGUAGCUCAGUCUGUCAACCUAUUAAAACUUUGGCGGACACAAAAAUGGGAUACACUGUCUACCUAGUACGAUGCCCCAUGCCCCAUCAAGGGAUUACAAAUUCACUCUCCGAUCUCUAAGGUCUAUUUGUAUGUGCUUUCUUCACAGUAUUACAAAUAAAUUGAAUAUUUUUUGGACAUGAGAUAAAAUUAAUUUAUGAAAUAUAAAAAAAUCUAUGACAUUUUAAAGAAUUUGAUUUAUACAAAAAAUCAUUUAGUUAGCAGUUCAGUUGCUUAGCAUAAAAACUUCAUUAAUAUAUAAUAUUAUUAGUAACGAGAAUUUUUAUUUACAU